AUGGUCAUUAAAGUCCACAGCGCAGGAGCCUCUACCUGUGGCCAACGCGUACUCACUACCCUCCACGAAAAGGGAGUUCCCUUCGAAUUGGUACCUGUCGACUUCAGCUCUGGAGCGCACAAGAAGCCACCCCACAUCAACCUCCAGCCUUUCGGCAAAGUCCCCGUUCUCGAGGAUGACGGUUUCUUCGUAUACGAGAGCCGUGCUAUUUGCAAGUACAUUGCGAAGAAGUAUGCUGGACAGGGCACCAAGUUGAUUCCUGAGGAUGGUGACUUGAAGGGCUAUGCUUUGUUUGAGCAGGCCUGUUCAAUUGAACAAUGUUACUUCACCCCUCCUGCCGAGGCGAUCGCGUUUGAGAAGGUCUUCAAGACUUAUUACCCUGGCCUUGGUCCCACGGACGAAGCCGAGGUCCAAAAGCGUGCCGCUGAACUCGAGAAAAAUAUGGCCGUGUAUGAGACCAUUCUUUCAAAACAGUCCUAUCUCUCGGGAGAAGAGCUGUCUUUGGCGGAUUUGUUCGUUUUGCCUUACGUUAAGAUUCUCAAAUCAGUCGGCUUCAAGGAGAUUUUUGAUAAGUUUCCUCAUGUUGCCAAGUGGCUUGAGGGACUUGAAGCAAGAGACAGCUGGGUUAAGGUUAUUUCUUGA